AUGGCUCUCCACGCUGCCUACCUAUUUAUUGCAGCGACGCUGGUGGCCGUCUAUCUGACUCGCUCCAUUCAGCGACGCAAUGCCCGGGACAGGCUCGCUCGUCAGCACGGCUGUGAACCGCUCACCCUGGCCUAUAACAAGCUACCCUUUGGACUCGAUCGCAAAUGGCAAAUCGUGACGCACAGGGGCAACAUCCUCGACGACCUCAUCACCACUCGCUUCGCCGAGCUCGGCUCCUACAUAUACACGGACAACCAAUGGGGCAGCCCACCCAUCAUUUGCGCCGAGCCGGCGGCCAUCAAGGCAGUCUUGAGCACCAAGUUUCGAGACUGGGACAUGGACAGCAAUCGCUACCCGGCGCUUGGCCCGUGGCUGGGCCGCGGUGUUCUUGUCAGCAGCCAUCAGGGCAAGGGCAGCCUUUGGCUGACGGCGAGGACACUUCUGCGUCCCAUGUUUGCCAGCGUGGCCACGUACAAUCACGCACUCAUGGAAAAGAGCGUGCAAGAUUUUCUGUCCACCAUGAGCCGGGUCAAUGAGGAUUCCGCCACACGGAGCGACCUGCUGCCGCUCAUUCGUCGCCUCAACAUUGACAUCAUUACCGCCAUCUUUUGCGGUGGCAGCAUUGGCGCGCAGAAAAAGGGGCUCGAAGCUGGGCCUCGAGCUGCUGCUGCUGCUGCUGCUGCUAGCCCGGGAAAGAAGCCGACCCUGGAGGAGGCAUUUGAUGCCAUUGAGCCAAUCGCCGGCCUGAGGCUGCAGACGGGGAGCCUGUACUGGCUGUUUACCUCGAAGCCGUUCAGAGACGCCUGCGAUACGUUUUCAGAGCUUGCCAAUGGAUGGAUCAAUCAGGCACUGCGCAAGACGCACGAGAAAUCGUCCCCGCAGGGAGGAGGGCUGGACGGUGUCGCCGAGGCAGCGCAGAGCUUCACGGAAGAACUCGUAUCCAGCACCGAGGAUCGCGAGCUGUUGCGAGACAUUCUCGUGCAGCUGCUAUUCGCCGGCAUCGACACGUCGACAAGCAUGCUGUCUUUUGCCCUUUUGGAGCUAGGCCGGCAUCCUGGCAGCUGGACCAGACUACGGGCUGAGCUCGCCGAGCACAGCUUGUUAUCGGCCGGUCCCGAGACCAUUACAGCCGGCCAGCUGAAGGAUUGCGUAUUUCUCCAAAAUGUCGUCAAGGAGACCCUGCGGCUGUACCCGCCCGUGCCCAUCAACUCGCGCGAAGCGAUCCGUGACACGGUACUGCCAACGGGUGGCGGUGCAGACGGCAGCAAGCCCGUGUUUGUGCCGAAAGGAACGUCGCUAAAAUAUAGCCCCUACGUCAUGCACCGCCGGAGCGAUCUCUAUGGUCCGGAUGCAAUGGAGUGGAAACCGGAUCGCUGGUUGGGCCGUUCGCAUGGCUGGGACUAUCUUCCUUUCAAUGGGGGGCCGCGCAUCUGCAUAGGUCAAAAGUUUGCUCUCACCGCAGGUGCCUACGUUUUGACCCGGCUUGCGCAACAAUUCGACACUUGUGAAGCAGCAUCUAGCAACAAGGGUCCUCUCGAAUCCAAGCUGGGUGCGGUUCUCAUCCCUGCAGCCGGUGUUCCUGUUUCUCUUGGCAAUUCUUCAUAG